AUGUUACAGGAAUGUGGAAUAUCCACGAAGUUGUUCCAUUUAGAAAAAUAUUGGAAGCAAGUUGCUCAAAUGGCACCAACUGUUGAUCCCUCGCGACCAAAAAAAUAUAUUUUGCCUAUGUUUCCGUAUCCGUCUGGAAAAUUACAUAUCGGUCAUAUGCGAGUCUAUACUAUAUCUGAUGUACUAGCACGUUAUUAUAGACUGAAUGGCUAUAAUGUAAUCCAUCCCAUUGGCUGGGACGCAUUCGGCUUGCCGGCUGAGAAUGCUGCUAGAGAAAAAGGUGUUGAUCCAGCUGCUUGGACUGCUAGUAAUAUCGAUGUGAUGCGAGAGCAGCUGCUAAAUACGGGUAUUAUAUUUGAUUGGAACAGAGAAAUCUCAACAUGUACACCUGAUUAUUAUCGUUGGACACAGUGGAUUUUCUGUCGUCUUUUCGAACAUGGCUUGAUUCGUCGAGCCUUAUCAGAGGUUCAUUGGGAUCCUGUCGAUGGUACAGUUCUUGCUGCUGAACAAGUUGAUGCAGAGGGACGUUCAUGGCGUUCGGGUGCUUUCACUGAGAAGCGUAAAAUUAAACAUUGGAUGGUCGAAACUCCAAAAUAUGCAAAACGUAUGUUCGAUGGACUAGGCAAAUUGGCACAGUGGAAGGAAGUGGCACUUAUACAAGCUAAUUGGAUUGGGAAAUGCGAUGUUUGGCGAUUUUUAUUACCUCUUAAAGGAGAAGAUGGUGUUAUUUUGGAUGAAAAACUUGAUCUUCGAAUUCGAAAACCUAGUCAUCUUGCAAAAGCUACUGUGAUCUUCAUUCGAACCGGCCAUCCUCUUUUAAGCUUACGUGAUGGAAAAGAAGAAAUCGGUAUUCUGAAAGCCACGGCUUUGAAUAUCGUUACAGGAAAAGAUAUGCCUAUCAUUUAUUUAAACGAAUCUGUAUCAAAAAAUGACUCUGAUUUUAUCCUAAAUGCAAGACUUUUGUGUGGCGAGAAGCAUUUUGAUAAAAAAAUCUUGCAAAGUUUUGGAUUUUCAACUGAACCAAUUGAAAGUUCUCUUUCUGACAACGAUGUAGUUGAAAUUGCUGUAUUUGGAAAUUAUGGUGGUUAUGAAACAAGUGAAAGAUUGCUUGACUGGGUUGUUUCUAGACAAAGGAAAUGGGGCACUCCUAUACCAGUGUUACUCAGUGGUAAUGAUCAGUGCGCUGUUGCAGUUUCUGAUGAUGAGCUACCUGUUAUUGCAUCUCAUUGUAAAUAUGGUGAAAAGGUUUGUUGUUCAAGAUUACCUGAAGGAUUUGGGUACUGGGAAAAAGAUACUUUGGAUACAUUUUUCGACUCAAGCUGGUACUAUCUAAGAUUUCUUGACCCUAUAAAUGGUGAAGGAUUAAUUUCAAAGGACAAAUUGGUAGAUAUGCCAGUUGAUGUUUAUGUCGGUGGAAUUGAACACGCUGCGUUACAUUUGUUUUUCGCGCGGUUCAUAUCAUAUUUUCUUCAUGAUAUUGGUGUUUUGUCUGUUCCUGAACCUUUCGACCGGUUAUUACCGCAAGGAAUCGUUUGUGGUCGAACAUUUAGAAGGAGUGACAAUGGAAAGUAUCUUAAAGAAAAUGAUGUCGUACAAACAGGCAAUGGUUAUAUCGCAAGAAAAGAUGGCAGUGCAGUAAUUACUCACUUUGAAAAAAUGUCAAAGUCGAAACAUAAUGGUAUUGAUCCUUUUUCUGUUAUCAAAUUAAAAGGAAUUGAUUUAACACGUUUACAGCUGCUAAAUGAAGCUGCACCAAGGGAACCCAUUAAUUGGGGUGAUGCAGAACUGAAAGGCUUAUUCAAAUUCUUGGAACGAACUUCGGAUAUUGUUAGUUGCUAUGUACAGAAACGUAGUUCUGUGGCUUUCACAACUUCUAAAUGGUACGAUACCAAGCAAGAAGAAGAAUACCGUGCUACGUAUAAUUUUUAUGUCCGAAAUGUUUCUAUGGUUAUAGAAGUUUUGCAUUUACUUAAUACUGCGGUGGACUAUUUACAAGCUCUUUCUAAGAUUUUAAAGCGAAGCUCUACUGAAGCGUAUUGUUACAGCAAGCAGUUUGAAAGAUGUGUUCAUGCCUUAGUAAUUAUGAUGCAGUUAUUCACUCCUCAUGUAGCAGCUGAAUACUGGGCUGCUUUGCGGUCUGUUCCAUCAUUGAAUGGUGAUGUAAUACUGGAUAGAGAAAUCAAUGAACAGCCGUGGCCCCAAAUCGAUGUGGAUGCUAACAUCGAUUUCAUGAUCAAUAUUGGCAAAUUAAGUUGUGGUCGAAUAGAAGUUCCACGCUUAAUAAUUGAACAUCUGCCCGCUGAGAAAGCAUUAGAGUAUGCAGUUAAUGAUGCACAUUGUAUAUUUUUUAAAAAAUUGGCAGCAUUAGGAUUCAAUCCAGUAUUCUGCAAACGCUUGGCUCGAGAGGGGUUUUACGUACUCCUUGAAAUACAAUUGAAUAAAGUACUUCCUGAAGAGACGCUGAAACAAAUUCUGAAGGAAACAAGGAAAGAACGAUUAAGAGCGAAAAAAGGCAAAAUAAGUAAACGUGCGGAAAUAGUAUAG